CAAACGUUUUUCAUUUGCAGGCCUACCUGUGAGUGGAACCUGCAGUUGGUUCAGAACCAUAUAGACUCAUACCUUAGCUAUACAUGUUGCUGUCAUUGGGCAAUAAUGCUUGCAUCUGCGCACAUUUUUCCAGAUUGAAUUAAGUGUUAUUGGGAUCCUUGCUUAAUUCGUCCUUAUUUGGUUAUUUACUUUUUGAGUUUUUUUUUUUAUCUCCUUGUCGGAUAUGCAAAUACGAUUUAUUUCCCAUUGGGCCUUUGCCUGGUCUUUGAUCGGUUUCUCAAAUGCGCUCGCAGUUAGGAUUUUGACAGAAUCACAUUCAGACAAUUCAUACUUUUGCCUCCGGACGAACUCCACUGAAGAAGGACACACGCGCCUCACAUUCUUACGAAAUGCCAUGGAUGGAAGCUAUUCCUUUCUUACAUAUACGAGUGUAUGGUCUUUAGAGAACAGGCAGCUUUUAGAAUGUGCGAUCGAUAACAAUCCAGUAGUUGCUGGAACGUAUUUAUCUCAUUGCACCGAACACUUGGAGAGCCACGUGGAAUUCAGUUUUAAUUUCAGCUUGUUGUUGGAUCAGGACGGCCCUUGCGAGUUGAAUCCAACAGUCGGAUUGAACUUUCCAAUAAGUGACCGAUCUCAGCAUCGCAAUAAUGUGGAAAUAAAAUACCGUAAGAAACGCGCUUGGGUAUUCCCAGGCACGCUGUGGUGUGGCAGAGGAAGCAAAGCUAGUGGUUAUGAACAGUUGGGAAUGUUUGAGCGAGUAGACCAUUGCUGCCGCAAUCACGACCACUGCAGAAACACCAUUCACGCCUUCACGGUAAACUACGGAGUGUUCAACACCAACUUCUACACUGUCUCACACUGUGAAUGUGACCACAGUUUCCGUCAGUGCCUUGGGAGAGUGAACGACACCAUCUCCAACAUGGUGGGCUACAGCUUCUUCAACAUCCUCAAGGUACCCUGCUUUGAGCUCACCCAGAAAAGACGGUGUGUGGAGCUGAACUGGUGGGGAAUGUGCAAGCUAACCAAGGUGGCCCCAUACGCCGUCUUCAAAAAGCCCUCCCCUUUCAACAUCACCCAAAUCCCAGAUCAACAAGCCGCCUCCCACCAGCCCGCAGUCGCAGAAGGUGCUUCUUCCUCCCGAGACAGGAAGCUCCUUAAGAGGCCGAAGCUGAAGGGCCCUUCUGGACGCUGCGUCUCGCCGCGAGGAGACUCCUCCCGGCACAGACCAAAAAAAAGGAAAAAAAGUGAAAGGAGACGGAAAACUCCCCCGACUCGAAGCAGCGCGCUCCAGACACGCGUGACCCAGACCGCAGAGCCCUCAACAUGGAUGAGAGCUGAUGAAAACACAUUCACUACCCGGGGAGUUGUUUCCCCCACACACAAGAAGACGGACAUGGCCAAAACGGCUAGAAAGGGCAAGAAAAAGAAGGUGCCUAGAACUGAAUCCAAAACCGUCCCUUCACGGUCAGGGCAAACCAGGCCACAGGCGGCUACGCAGACUAAAAAGCAGGCAGGCACUGCAACGCUAACAACAGCGCUUCCAUUGUUAAAAUCCACACGCCAAUCAACUACCACCACAACAACCACAGUUUCAAACCCCAAAAGCCACAAACGGACAAAGGGUUUCUGGAAACGUCAUCGAUGUGGACCCAGAGCCCCACCGCGAGGAGACAGCUUUCAGCCACGCCGCAAAGCUUGUUUAGAGGACACCCCCCCCCAACUGCCAACCGUCCAACUGUCAACGUACGCAACAGUAUUAGCCUUCACUAAGAGGAGAGCAUCAACUCAGAUUAUCAUCCCCUCACCUUACACCACAUCAUCCCCACCUAAGAAGACCUCUUUUACGCUAUGGAGGAAAAACCAUACUGAGACCGUCCCCUCCUCGAAGACCUGGACCAAGCCUCAGAUACAAACAGCAUAAUUUCCUGUUGGGUUUGGAGAACCUCUCCAAACAACGAACUUGUCUUCACCCAGGGAGAAGACAGACCCCUGGAGUUAAUGAAGCCAGGUAGAGUCAGGAUGUCUUAACAGAAGCAGUACAGUUCUCUCUCUCUGUCUCUCUGUCUCUCUGUCUCUCUGUCUCUCUGUCUCUGUCUGUCUCUGUCUCUCUGUCUGUC